UUUGAUCCAGAUACACAGCAUACAAGAGAGAUACAUACAGAAGAAAAAUCUAUUAAAAGCACUGUUAUGAAUUCAGUAUCAGAAUUCAAUAUCACAGACACCCCAACCAAAGAAACUCUGAAUGAGAAAAACUUGUGAGAAUCCAGCACCUCACUCUCUUCCAUCAAAGAAUGUUGGUCAAAAUGUUCCUACCUCCAAAAUGAUACAUCCAUUCAUCAGAGAGACAAUGAUGAUGAAUGUGCCUCACUUAUCCUCACCUGCCUGUUCUGCCAGUUUUGGGACUGCCUACUAAUGCUGCCUAAUACCUGUGAAAUUGCUUGCACCAAUAUGUGCUGCCCUUCCCACAGAUAUCAUCACACCUCCGAUGAGAGUCUCUCUGGGAAUGACUGCAACUGCAACUGUGAUGUUGACUGCAGUCUUUUUUAUUCCUGUCAUGAGACCAGAGAAUGUUUAGAGUUUGCUUUAGAGAUUUCCGAAAUCUGUUACCGCUAA